AUGUCUAUGGGCUGGCCGAUCUGCCAAGAACUAGACGCCACCGCCUUGGAACUGCCCUUCCAGAAUAGUGCCACCAGCAUGCUGAUCCUGCUGCCCAAUCAGCAGAAAGGAUUGGCCAACCUAGAGCAGCAGUUGGCCCAGCCGGAGUUCGAUCUCAACCGGAUCGCCAACCGCCUGCACCGUCAGUCGGUCACAGUGGGCCUGCCCAGGUUCAGUGUCUUUUCCGAUGGUGACAUGAUCGACGCAUUGAAGAUGCUGGGUCUCCGGCAGAUGUUCACGGAUAGCUCGAAGGUAACCAAAUUGCUCGAACAGACGGUGCGCGUGGACAAGAUCCUGCAUAGGGCCUACAUUGCAGUAUCGGAGUUGGGAACAGUAUAUUCGCACUUUUCAGAUGAUGCCAAGUCACUGCCUGCCAAUUCCAAGGAGUUCGUCGCUAAUCGGCCAUUUGUCUUUGCCAUCCGCACUCCCAACUCAGUGUUGUUAAUGGAUCAUGUGAAGACGCCUUGGACAUAA